AUGAUCAUGAUGCGUACUUACCCCCCAAUAUCGAUUAGACAGGAUUCACCUGAAUGUUCGGACAACCUGGGAAGAAAGAAUUCAUCAUUGGAUGUUCUUUCCGCGGGUCCUAUCUCUGUGCUUCUCCCGUUACCGUCCUUGAGAGCAGAAACUGCAAUUUUAUCUGCCUGGACAGUGCUGUUGAACGGUUAUUACAGUCAGAAUCCAGUCUCAUUCCUGAUACUCGGCAGGCCAGGGAAUCAUGGGUCGCCUCAUGAGUCUGGCAAGUUGGAGUCAAUUUGCGUUGAUCUUCAGCCAGACUGGAACGCGGUGGAUCUGCAAAAGGCUCUACACCAACGCGCCGAAAGCCCUUCUGCCCCGGACCAAGAAAUUAAUGAUAAUUCGGACCGUUACGCCGUUUGGCUCGCGAAUGAGGAGGACAUACCGGCGGAUGAGGGUCGAAAGGAAACAUGUGGCCUGGAAAAGGCGUCUGAGAUUUGCCUUUUGCUGGUAGCUAAGCGGACCGGAGAUGACAGUGUCAUCCUCAAUUUGUAUUCCCGUCGCGCCAGGCCGUGUCAUUUCGAAUUAUCCAAUCUUCUGGAUAGUUUGCGAAAGGUCUUGGACUCAGUGGUCUACUAUCCUUUUCAGAUGGUCAAAGAUAUUGAGGUCAUCAGCAACUACGAUCGCUUGCGCCUUCGCGGGUGGAUGAAGGUCGAUCCACCAAAACCCGCAACCACCGUUCAUGGUCUCGUGAACCGGCACUAUCGAGAAAAACCAGCGCAUAUUGCGAUAUCUAGCACUUCAGGAGACGUGACAUACGAGGAACUGGGGAAGCGAUCUGCUGCGAUGGCGUUCCAACUCCGCAGUCUAGGAGUUGGGGCGGGAGUUAUUGUCGGGUUCUGCGUGGAAAAGUCCGCAUUAUCGCUCAUCAUGCUGCUAGCCAUUUUGCGAGCGGGUGCAGGUUAUGUCCCCAUCGCCACUUCCAAUCCCGUGGAUCGCAUGGAAUACAUCAUGCGGAGGGCUGGAAUUCAGGUGCUGGUGACGGAAAGCGCCAUCCUCGAGAGAUUAAAAGACCACAAUAGCUUCCAUGAAGUUCGAACGAUAACACCCUCAUCUCUGGAGAAGGUGGAAGUCCUGGUCGAUGGAUGGACUCGAGAGCUUGAUUUGGACCCUUCCCAUGUGGUUUAUAUAAUGUUCACGUCCGGCAGCACAGGGCAGCCAAAAGGGGUUGUGCAUCAGCACGGUGCCGUGUCUGGAGCAUUGGAGGCCGUUAGCCAGACAUUUGGACUGGACCCCUCCACAAAGUUCCUGCAAUUCGCCUCAUUCUCUUUUGAUGCUAGCAUAUGUGAGCUAUUCGCACCGUGGGUUGCCGGAGGGACUGUUUGCAUACCCUCCGAGGAGGAGCGCAUUGGAGACCUUGAGGGGUUUAUGCAUAAACUCAACGUGACCGAUGCGUCUUUGACUCCUGCCAUUGUGAAGACAUUAAGACCAGAAUGCAUACCAACAUUGAGGAACCUGUACAUUGGGGGUGAGGCACCCACCGCAGCCAUCUUGAGCACCUGGGCCGAGAGUGUCAGACUGAGCAAUAUCUAUGGACUCACCGAAGGUGGGGUCUGGGAUACUGUCCAGUUCAAUCUCAGGUCUAAUGACAAUCCCAAAGCAAUCGGGCGCGGUAUUGGUGCAAGAUGUUGGAUCGUGAAUCCAGACAAUAUUCACAGAUUGCAACCAAUUGGAGUUGAAGGCGAGGUUCUGCUUCAGAGCCCUUAUCUCGCGCAUAGAUGCCUGGAGGAUACCGCACAGAGCAGCAACGCUUUCAUUUCGCUACCGGAAUCACUUUCGACCAUCACUGAGCCAUUUCACGCGCGUUGUUACCGAACCGGAGAUUUAGCUCUCUGGCAGCCUGACGGGAAAAUGAUCUUCACUGGUCGUCGGGCCGGGUUCGUCAAAAUUUGUGGGCAGCGUGUCGAACUUGGCGAAAUUGAAAAGGCCAUGCAAGACUGCCUUCCCGGUGGUGAACAGGCUGCAGUAAUUCUGACCAAGGACGAAGAAGGGGAAAAAAGCCCGGAGCUGGUGGCUUUUGUGGAACAAAAGGAUGGAGGAAAUCGAUCCUUAGCAGACCAGAUGAGCGCAGACCUACAAAAGAUUUUGCCAUCAUACAUGGUCCCCAGCGCCUUCGUACCUGUCAAAUCCAUGCCGCUGACUGACUCCAAGAAGAUCCACCGGCAACAGUUGAUUGCAGAUUGGGCGGCGAUGACACUAUCCGAGACUAUAGCGCUUCGGCCUGGGGGCACCCUGAGCCAUACAUGGCCCCGUAUUGAUCCUGCUAAUUUGUGGGCGAUUCAACUCAGCGAAAUUAUUGCAGACCUUGUUGAAACAAGACAGCCAUCGGCUGGGGAAGGCCUACGCGGCUGGGACUUCCCUUUGACCAGCGUUGGUUUGGAUUCUAUUCAAACUGCAUAUCUUUCUCGGGAGAUCCGCCGGCGUUUCGGAGGGGCCACUCGAAUUCAGGACCUGCAGCAGCCUGGGAUCACAGUGUGUCAGAUUUAUCAGCAACAUUCAGAGCGUGCGGGUGACAGAUUGGAUGGCUGGCCAGAUACCAGCACCUCAAGAAAUCUCCUUGAUGAAUUAGAUUUGAUCAAGGUUCCUGUACCUACCCUCCCGAAAAAAACAAAGAGAGUAUUUGCAACAUCAGUGACUGGAUUUCUCGGCACCCAGUUGCUUCGGGCGUUGCUGGAGGAUCCCAGUGUGGGCCACAUUGUCGGCCUAGUGCGUUCAAGUAGUGAAGAGGAUGCCCGAGAUAAGAUACGAGCCCAUGCUCAGCUUAGUCAGUGGUGGUGUGAUGAAUUUGACUCUCGAAUCGAAGUUUGGCUUGGGGAUUUGAGUCUUCCAAGGCUCGGGCUUGACGAUGCGCAUUGGACGGACCUCACGGGUCGGAUGCGCAUCGAUGGAAUCAUCCACAACGGUGCCCGAGUCAACUGGCUUGAUGAUUUCUCGACGCUGAAGCCCACAAAUGUUGACAGCACUCGCACUCUCCUAGAGGCCCUAUCCAAUAUGCCAACACCGUGUCCAUUCACAUACGUGUCCGGGGGGUAUCUUCCAUCGCCAACAGAAACUCGAGAGCAAGUUUUGAACAAUCUCGCUCACGCAUGUGGAUACGAUCAAACCAAGUAUCUGUCACGGAUGAUGGUGGAGGAAUACAAUCGCCAGCUCGAUCAAGGGUCGAAUGCAUCAGUCCCGCGGGGACGAGUGGUACAACCGGGAUAUCUGGCUGGCACAAGAUGGGAAGGAAUUGCCCAUACCGAAGACUUCCUGUGGCGCCUGGCUUACAGUAUUCUGUCUCUUGGAUCUGUGAGCGAAGAUCUGCGGAAAUCACAUAUUCCAGUGGCAGGUGUUGAACAGAUCACUUCCCUUGUGGUGAACAGUGUUCUGGAUCCGCAGAGCAAAGAAGCAGUGAAUUGCCACGAUGGGGUGCUGAUUGAUACCCUGUGCAGGACUCUCAGCAGCUGCAGUGGUCGAACUAUCAAGACCAUGGACCACAGCAAGUGGAUGACAGCGUUGAGGGCCGACGUCGAGACCAAUGCCUUGGACCACCCUUUCUUACCCGUGAUGGAUUGGUUUGAAGCAAAUAUGGGGCAGUUCACGGGCCCUCCUCCAGUGAAGUGCUCCAAUGCACUGAGUCAAAGAGACACAAUUGCGGCGCUGGAUAAAAGCACACGGUACUUGAUUGAUAUAGGCUUCCUUCCGAGCGAAGAUGGCAGUCGCCGGCCCGUUGAACAGAGCAAUAUCACUCGGUUUGUACGAUCCAGCAAGUAA